AUGGCUUUUGAAUUCAAUUCUAUCUUCCAGUAUCCACAGUAUCUUUACUGGACAUGCUGUAUAGCCCCUCUCAUGUCACUCAUAUUAAUUAUUUUAUGGGAUUGGCAUAUAAAGGGCGAAUUUGACACAACAAUCGUCGUUCCUAUCGCUUUCAUUUCAACAGCAUCAGCCAGAACAAUCAAUGGAUGGGCUACAUUCUUCACAACUCUUUCUCUUUAUUUCCUUACAGGAGAUGUCUUCAAAUUCUUAAGAAGAGCAGCUCCACGCAAAACAAAACCAUUCAUGUACAAAUUAGCACGUUUGAUGUAUCCAAUUGCUUCCUAUCCAUGCCUUUUCGCUCAUAUUAUGGCAGCAUUUUACAUCGCCCGUUUUCCAAAGAACCAGUUAGUUUAUCACGCCAUGGCCUACUCUCUCCAGCCUGUUUUAUUCGUUCUUGUUGAUAUUUGCUGCGCUUCUAUUGGCAGAAGCAUUGGAUUUUGGCUUUAUCUCUUCGAUUUAUUCCUUUGUGCCAAUGUUGCAGCAUACAUUUACUACGGAUACGAAAGAUACUACUGCAUGACCGAUGAAUUCCCAAUUGAACUUCUUGCUCUCUUGGGAUACGCCCAAUGGAUCGGAAACGCCAUCAGAUGGCCAAUUGUCGGUUACCAAUUGAGAGGCAAUAUAUUCUUCCACUUGGUUGUUAUUGAUCAGUAA